CUCUGUACCACACUACCACGGUCCGAAUCCGUAUCUCACCUCUUUCCACUUGCCGUAUCUUUUUCUUUGCUUUUUCCCCAACAUGAGCGACACCCACCGCCGAUAUAGGGGACAUAGAGCCGGAUCCUUUAGCACGACCGAUAUGAGUGAACUCGUUGAGCUCAGAGCGCGCCAAAGAACAUUUCACGGGGCCUACACCCGAUCUGCGAUGGGUAACCUUGGUUAUGCCCUGACCAUUCUUCGCCUUUUCGACCACCGAUUCUACAAAAUCGGACUUCUUUUCGCCAUCCUAGGAUGUCUUCUGUUUAUCAUCGCAUUCCUGCGGGCCCGUCAUUCACAGCAUGACUUUGCAGACCCUCAGGAAACAGAACCUCAAUCAGAAUCGUCGGAACCGGAACCGGAGGUGGAUGGGGAAAGCGUGUGCACCCGCAUCGAUGCUGAGAAUUCCAAUGUCAUGUCGAAAGUCCCUAUACAGACCGUCGGGCAGGAGAACACUCGCGUCUUUGGACGGCCGUUUAUUACGGCAGGAUGGAUAGUACUCGCGGUAUCUGGUGUUGUUGCUGCGGUGGAGAUAGGACUGCUUGUUCUUAUUCUCCAAAUAUGAGACUGUGGAUAAAGACUUAUUGCCGUUAUUUGUUUAACUGUACCAUUCACGUCUAAAAUCUUUCUUUUUCCCCAGCUUCCAGCAUGACCCUCAUAAAAUACAAAAUAUUUUAUUUGUGA